GCUCACGGCAAUACUGAAGAGCUACCCGGGUCAAUGGCUGGUGGCGGGGGAUUUUAACGUGAGCCCCCGCGAGCUCGCAGACACCACGCUCGUCUGCGAGCUAGGAGGCCAGGUUAUCGCCACCGGCAGCCCCACGACCCAUUGCGGCACGGAAAUUGACUUCGUGAUUGCAAGCAAUGCCAUUGCAGGCAUGGUGUCGGUCACCUUGGAUUGGAGCGCCCCGCACAGGCCUCACGCCAGCCUGUGCAUCGAGAUCAACAUGCCGGGGCAGUUGGACAAGGUCCUUCAGCUCCCUAAUUUCCCGGUCUGUGAUGCCGCCCGUGACUGUCAGCUCCCAACGGACAUGCCGGCACCAUCUCCGAUUGAGGUCUUGGACCAGUUGGAGUUCGAGGGAGAUCUGGCCACCACCCAG